ACAGAAUAUUAAAAAAACCUUGUAAUUUCCGAAUUAGACUAUUUACCGGAUUUGUAAUAACAUAAGCAACACGACGGGUGCCACAUGUGGAGCAGGAUCUGCUUACCCUUUCGGAGCACCUGAGAUCACCCCCAGUUUUUGAUGGGGUUCGUGUUGCUUAGUCUUUAGUAUUCUAUGUUGUGUCAUCUGUACUAUUAUUUGUCUGUUUGUCUUUUUAUUUUUGGCCAUGGCGUUGUCAGUUUGUUUUCGAUCUGUGAGUUUGACUGUCCCUCUGGUAUCUUUCGUCCCUCUUCUAACGGUUACUGGUACUGUCCCAACGAUCAUCUCUAUGUUAGCACAUCUAACGCAAUAUUUAAUGUUACGUCAUUCUGAUUGGAUGGCAACCGCAGUUGGUUAUAGGUUGGUUAUUUUAUUCCCUUUGGGUCGUAUAUGACGUCACGUAAUUUGGUACAUCGAAACACUUUGUUUUGUCUACCCUCCAACAACUUUUCGGAAUAUUUUGCUUCCUCUUGUUUUAUUUGAGCGCCACUGAUAGGUUCUAUGUAGACUAAACGGCUGUCUAGCCUAACUUAUAGUAAGCCUGAUAACUUUAAUGAGCUUUUAUAUGUUUUUUGCCGUUAAAACUUUUGGCUUUGGACGCAUAUGAUUUGCAAAGUUUUAUUUUCAAUUGUCAUGAUAAGGCAAUUACAAUCAACGUUUCCGGGACAUUUCAAAUGUCGUUUUCAACAAUUCACUCCUUAACAUAAAGACAACCGUAGAUAGCGGAUGUCAAAUCUCACAAGUCUAUUAAUACAUUAAGAAAAAAAACAAUCAAAAAUAUUGAAGAAAUUGCAUGAACAGUAAAAGGUGAGAUACCGAAUGUGUUGACGGUCAAGUGCACUUGCUAUGAAUGCACCAACUGCAAUGUGAAUCCACACUUAUGAGAACAUAGAAUUAAGGAAUUGCAAAUAUUCGGUAAAUUUCAAGAGCAGACGACAUUUAAUUCUAUGAUAUAGGUUGUAUUGUUGUACCUUUGCCGUAUAUCUAAGUUGUAAAGUAGGUCAAUCGGUCGUUCUCAAAAAUACAAUGUUUUCGGGUCUAAGACUAACACUGCUUGUGGUAAUGGAAUCGGGCGUCGCCUGACAACAUGUGGUAACUUGUUAAAGCAUACGAUCUAUAUCUGUUCAUUCGAUUGCAAAAGCCAUAAUUUUGAAUGAAAUCAGCUUUUUUAUUGACUAAACACAAGUAAAGUCGACAACAACUAACAACAAUAAGUAUCUAACAAUGGUGAUAAAUGUAGAAUAAACAGUUUUAUAACUUCUAGUUGAAAUUCAUUGUAUUGAAUUAUUUCUGUAUCUAGAUUCAUCAUGGACAAUGCUAACAGAAACCAAGAAAAUGACGACGAUGCAAAUAUGUAUGGAAUGAGAAAAAUUACAUAUUUGGAAAAAUACGGGGUUAAACACUUUCCAUACCGCGGAAAGCGCAAAUACGCACCAUCAAUUUACCAGUCAGUAGACGGUAGUAUGGUUAUCUCAAACGAUGUUUUCGGAUUGACAAUCAAGCAGUUUGAACGAAUGUAUAAAGAAUGUCUACAUAGAAGGAAAACACAUGAACAGUGGAUACUAAACCUUAGAUAUCCUGACAAAUCCUCAAGUGAAUAUCUGGAAUACUUGCAGAAUUGUACAGAAUGCAAUAAAGAAAACUCUCCUUGGCCUGAAAAUGAAUUGAAAGAAAAAGACUUAUUCGAACAUUUGGUAAAGAUAGUUGGUACUGAAAUAGAUAUACGUACUAGACAAAGAUUAUUUAUCGUACAGGAUAUGAUAUUUAAUUUGACAAAUGAUGAUACACAAAUAUCGAGUGGAAGUUUGGCAGAAGGACUAGAUUUACCAGGAAGUGACUUAGAUAUAAUGUUUGUAUGCAACCAAGUAGUUGUCAAACGGAAUGUACGCGAUACUAAAUAUUCCAAACAGACAGUACAGCAUUAUAAACACCCAAAGCAACAAAGUAUAUUUGUUAUGGAGACAGAUAAUGAUUAUCCAGGAUUUACAAAACUAAGAUUAAUAGCCGCAAAAGACACUAUAAAUUUAACACAUGAAUGCUUUGAAAUUACUACAAAAGGUUUAUAUUUAUCAGUUAAUGGAUUUCUAAAUGGUAUGAAGAAAGAACUUCAACAUGUGCACCUAAUACCACACGGUCCUUGUCUAACAUUUUCAGAUCAAGAUCGCGAUUUUGCCUUCUGCUUUCGAUGUACAUGUUUGCCUUACAACGCAACUUCAUGGGCAAUGCGUAAUCGACGGCAAUGGCCUCCUAAUUUCGUGAUUGACAAGAUUGAACAAUACGGAUGUUUGCUAGUACCCAUAGGACCUAAGAACAAGUCAGAUUCUAAUUUAUUAUGGAGAUUGUCUUUCUCUAUGGCAGAAAAACAACUUGUGCAUUCGUUUAAUUUUACACAACUCUUAUGUUACGGUCUUCUCAAACUAACAUUAAAGCGUAUCAUUAACACAAAUGAUGAUGUCAAAGAUUUAUUGUGUUCCUAUUUUCUGAAGACGGCUUUAUUCUGGGUCUCAGAGGAAGUGGAUAUUGACACAUUUCAAAUACCUAAAUUGUUUCGUUGUUAUUUUAUCUGCUUGCAUAAAUUGAUAUCAUGGGUGGAAAAAUGUUACUGUCCAAAUUAUUUCAUACCUGAACACAACAUGUUCCUCGAAAAGAUCACGUCAGAUAACAAUAAAAUGCUACUACUUGUACUGAAUACCUUACUGGUUGACGGAAUUGAUAGAUUGAUUAGUGGUUUAUUUCCGCCUCACAAUAGACAUUAUCUUUUAAAGAGUGAAUGUUCGUUCAUUAGGCUAGACCUUCUAUUUUACAGAAUUAGUGGGAGUAGGAUUGUGCGCCACAUGUUAGAGUGCCAUAAUGUACUGACACUAACUGAAUCUUUACGGAAGUCCGAAAUGUCCGCGUUCAUUAGUGAUGUAUGUAAAUUUGAAUACAAUAGAAUAAGUAAAUUUGCAGUACAACUACUACCACUACCAACCGUAAUGAAUAAAAAGUUCAACAUACACAAACUUUAUCAUAAACAUUAACAAGACUAUAUCAAGACAGAUGCCGUGUCGGGUUGGUUGUUUUACGCGUCGUUUUGUUACGUGACAGGACAGUACAAUGAAACACUCAAACUGAUAGAUUAUGUUCUAUCAAGAUGUUCACCUGAUUUGGUGAAUAUGGAAUAUAUCUAUCGUGAAGAACAUAUCAAUAGUUACAGACAAAAUGUACAUUCUAAAAUGACAUUUCUUGAAAGGAUGAAAAUAGCCGUUGUAGAUAGUGUUUUUUAUAUGAAACACUCCUCAUUAAUUCCAGGUGAACUACAACUGGAGGUUGAAUACAGUGAUAUUUCUAUACUGCCCAUCACAAUGUCUCACUGCCUUAGAUUUCUAUGCUAUAAUCGUCUUGGUGAAAUUAUCAAUAGACAACAAGCUUAAAGUGAUUUACAUUUAAGAGUGAGAGAAGAUUGUCAUAAUGAUUUUUACCGAUCAUCUGAUGCAUUAACAAUACUUGGAGUAUGUAUGGAGUUAUCAGGAGAUAAGAAUUCAGCGUAUAAGUGUUUUCAUGAUGCUUUACAAUGUGAUUAUAUAAUAUGUCCAUCAGCAAAAAUACGAGUUUCUCAACCUUUUGACGUCUAAUAUAAGCUUCUUCCUUAUACUGUCUAAGUACAAUCGAACUUUACUAUGAAACGAUUGUUCUAAUAAAUAAAUAAAAAAAAAAUUUGAAGAUUUACAAAUGGAUACACAUUAACUUCGUGCUUUAUAUAGGAUGCGUACGUUUCCACAUUGUAGUCAGCUUAUAAUAAAUGCAAUAUGUUUAUAUCAAAACAAAGGAAAAAUAUAUACUAUAUGGAUAUACGACUGACAAUGUUUCUAUAAAAAAUCUGCAAUGGCAAAAGGAUAAAGAAUUGUUACAGUAAAUCGUUUAUCUAUAGUAUAAUUGUGAUAAGGA